AUGAGAAGGCAGCUCCGGUCCAGAAGGGCUCCGGCCUCUCCUUACGGUUAUCGCUACAGACUUGACGAUCAGGAUGAAGUAAACCAGAACUACUUGGCAGAUGAAGAGGAAGAAGCGGAAGAAGAGGCUCGGGUGAUGGUGGUACCCAAUUUGGAGGAGGAGGAGGAGGAAGAAGGACAGGAGGAGGAAGAGGAGGAGAUAGAAGAGGAAAAGGAGGAGGAAGAGGGUCAGGGUCCGCCAACAGGCAAUGCCUGGUGGCAGAAAUUGCAGACCGUAAGCGAAUACCUGUGGGAUCCGGAGAAAAGGAUGUCUCUGGCCCGAACAGGUCAGAGUUGGAGCCUGAUCUUAGUCAUUUACUUCUUCUUCUAUGCCUCCCUGGCUGCUGUGAUUACCCUCUGCAUGUACACGCUAUUUCUGACCAUCAGUCCUUACAUGCCGACCUUCACCGAGAGGGUGAAGCCUCCUGGAGUGAUGAUCAGACCCUUCGCCCAUAGCCUUAACUUCAACUUCAACGUUUCCGAACCUGACACCUGGCAGCAUUAUGUCAUUAGCCUAAAUGGCUUUCUCCAGGGUUACAAUGACAGUCUUCAAGAGGAAAUGAAUGUGGAUUGUCCCCCGGGGCAGUACUUCAUCCAAGAUGGCGACGAGGAUGAAGACAAGAAGGCCUGCCAGUUUAAGCGCUCCUUCCUGAAGAACUGCUCGGGCUUGGAGGACCCUACUUUUGGCUACUCUACUGGACAGCCCUGCAUCCUUCUAAAGAUGAACCGGAUUGUAGGCUUCCGUCCUGAACUUGGAGAUCCUGUGAAGGUUUCCUGCAAAGUUCAGAGAGGUGAUGAAAAUGACAUCCGAUCCAUCAAUUACUACCCAGAGUCGGCUUCUUUUGACCUUCGCUACUACCCUUACUACGGCAAACUGACUCACGUUAACUACACCUCCCCACUGGUGGCCAUGCACUUUACAGACGUGGUGAAGAACCAGGCGGUGCCCGUGCAGUGCCAACUGAAGGGCAAGGGCAUCAUAAAUGAUGUCAUCAAUGAUCGUUUUGUGGGGAGGGUAAUCUUUACUCUGAACAUAGAAACCUAAGGACUUCAGGGGCCACUUCCGCUAGUUCUGUUUCUGUUCUAUUUCAUGGACCCCUGGUAGUUCCUGAAUUCUUUUUCUUCAAUCAGGACACAGCCAGACGGACACUUAAGACAGCAGAUGAUCUUUCCUUGCCUUUGACAUAUGUGUAAAAUGACAUUGUGGCAUUGAUUUUUUAAAGAUAGUCUCUCCUGAUGACAAAUAGAUUCUAUUAAUUUCCUCCCCCCGCCCCCACUUAAACGAAAACCGUUCUUGCUGCUACAAGCCUCUCACCGUAGUGUAAACAUAGUGUCUGAUAAAAUUCACAAGGGCCAUGAAGGAGACUUUCUAUGAUGGUUUGAAAUUCAUCGUGUUUUGUAAGAUUCUGUUGUUUUGAGAGGUGAGAUUCCU